GAUCCGCCCUGGCUCCGACCGGACCAUCUCUUCACCAAAUUUUCCGUUUCUUCUUUUCCGUUCAAAGCAGUUAAGUGAUCGAUAUUUUUGUUUGUCGGAGUCGGGGUCGAUGUCUAGAAGUCAAUUCAAUGUCGGGAGUGCCUAAACGCGCGAGUGUGUGUCCAAACGGGAAGUUCACAAGGUCGUAGAAUCAGAGGAUGGCGUACUUCAAGGGAGUGUACAUCCCGCCGUGGAAGGCGGCAGUGAACGUAGCAUGGGAGACGGUAAAGAGUCAACUACCAGAGAAGAGUCGGCUGGUGCGACGGGCGCAGACGGAGAUGUCGACGAUGCCCGCGUCAGACUACGGCACGGAGACCCUGGGGGGCGUGGCCGAGGAUGGGUUCACAGGCCAGGAGGACGGGCACGCUGGAGGCUACGCGUCCAUGGACGCCCGUGAGAGCUACCAGAAGUCCCGGGGGGCGACGAUGAGUAUGGCCAGCGGUGGCAGCUUCGACGAGUUCGGCGGGGGCGAGGGCCGCAGUCGUCAUAAGAUCAAUGAGUGGCAGGCUGCAUGGAACGUCACCAAUGCUAUACAGGGAAUGUUCAUCGUGAACCUACCAUUCGCGGUGUUACGAGGUGGAUACUGGGCCAUCCUAGCAAUGGUAGGCAUCGCAUACAUCUGCUGCUACACUGGCAAGAUCCUGGUGGAGUGUCUAUACGAGGAGGACGCCGUGACGGGGGAGAGGGUGCGAGUCAGAGACAGCUACGUGUCCAUUGCUAGAGUCUGCUUCGGGGAGACCUGGGGUGGCAGAGCCGUCAACUGUGCUCAGAUGAUCGAGCUAUUGAUGACAUGCAUCCUGUAUGUGGUCGUCUGUGGAGAUCUGAUGAUAGGGACGUUCCCAGACGGAGCGCUGGACAUCCGCAGCUGGAUGAUGCUUAUCGGCAUCUUGCUCAUACCUCUGGGCUUUCUCAAGUCACUGCAUCACGUGUCAAUGCUGAGCUUCUGGUGCACCAUGUCCCACAUCGCCAUCAACAUCGUCAUCCUCGGCUACUGUCUGCUGGACCUACCCGAGUGGGGCUGGGGAAAGGUCAAGUGGACCCUAGACUUCGAGAACUUCCCCAUCUCCUUGGGAGUGAUCGUGUUUUCAUACACGUCUCAGAUCUUCCUUCCCACUCUGGAGGGUAACCUCAUCGACCGGUCCAAGUUUGAGUGGAUGCUCGACUGGAGCCACAUCGCCGCCGCAAUCUUCAAGUCCAUUUUUGGAUACGUUUGCUUCCUGACCUUCCAGAACGACACACAGCAAGUCAUCACCAACAACCUUCCGUCAGCGGGGUUCCGCGGUAUGGUCAAUUUCAUCCUCGUCGUCAAAGCACUUCUCUCCUACCCGUUGCCGUACUAUGCCGCCUGCGACAUCCUGGAGAAGACGUUCUUCAAAGGGAAGCCGGAGACGAUGUUCCCGUCGAUAUGGCACUUGGACGGAGAGCUGAGAGUGUGGGGGUUGGCGUUCAGAGUGGGAAUCGUGUUUGGCACGAUCAUGAUGGCAAUUUCCAUCCCUCACUUCGCGAUCCUGAUGGGUCUGAUCGGUAGCUUCACAGGCACAAUGUUAUCAUUCGUGUGGCCCUGUUACUUCCACCUGAAGCUGAAGGGGCACACCCUAGACUGGGGCACCGUCGCCUACGACUGCUUCGUCAUCUUCCUCGGCUGUCUCUUCGGCGUCAUGGGCGUCUACGACUCCGGCAGCGCUAUGAUCAAAGCCUUCCAAAUCGGCCUACCGUUUUAAACCCCAGCGCGCGACGCGGCGUAAGAUAACGUUUGUAAACAAAGUCUUCCAUUAAAAUUGUAUAUUGUAAUAUAACGAAGUCUUCCAUGACGUGUGCUUAUCAAGUAAACUUGUCUUCCAUAAAACAAAUAUUUGUUUAAAGAAUUUGCUAUCGCUACAAACGAUGUGAUAAAGUUAGUUUGUUUAGAAACAUUGAGGCUAGCACGUACUAGAAAUAGUUCAAUACUCAAUUAAUCAUAUAAGUUAAAUUAUAAAAUGUUAAGUCUCAAUCAAAGAGUAGCCGAUAUACGAGGAGUGAAAUUAUUUUAGUUUUAAAAUAUUUACAUUUAUAAACCGACGGAAAAUUUGAUAAUGUAGCCAAAUUAUCAAUAUUAUAAAACCCGUAGUAGGUAGAGUACUCUAACAUUUUUAUCAUCCUCAAUCACUCUGUAAAACUUGUAUUAAGAAUUAUAAUCAAAUUGCAUACAAAAGUCAAAUUGCAAAAAUUGAGAGAAUUAAAUUUAGAGUAAACAAAUGAGUACUAAUGAAUGAACAAAUUAGAUAGAUAGACCAUAACCAAAAUAGUUAUUUCCUUUGUAAAUACAGUUUUAGAUGUGCGAUUUAUAUGUGUUAGGAACUACUUUCGAAAGUUACGUAAAAUAUACUAGAGCGGAUGAAAAAUUCUAAAAUAUCUAUCACAAAAAGUGUAUAUUUAAGAUUAAUUUGGGUAUACACUUAAGCGAAGUUUGAAGGAAACUAUCGAUCAUAUAAACUGUUGGUUCAUUAUAUCAACAGAAAAAUGUCUUCCAAAGAGUGAGCAUACUCAAAUUCGUCUGUCUGUUUGUUUCAUAACUGUGCGCUUAAAAUUAUAAAAGUGUUUGUUAUUAAUUUGUCUAAACAGUUUUUGAAGUAGUAGUUUGGCUUGACAAUACAAUUUCUGAUGCUACGUAUGUUUAUUUGGCACAGACGUGAGGUAUUGUAAUGUUAAUUAGUUUUAGAAGAACACAUUCGACGAAAUGUUUCACUUGUUGACGAUUUAUACCCAAAGAAGAAUGUAUUACUUAUAUGUUUCUUUAGUCACAUUAUUUACUUUAUUACUGAUUAAGAAAAAAAUUGUUCCAUUGAUAUAAACAUUAUGUAACCUAGGCGAAUAAAAUAAAAUAUUAAUUUUCAUGAUAACUAGAACAUUACACGGUAAUAAUUUUUUAAGAAAUGUAAAGGGAUAUUUGUUUAGUGAAGUUUGCUGAAAGUUGUAGUUAUGUGGCUGGAUCUAUGAAAAUUCUUAAAAUUUCGGAUGUUAUUUUAUAGAUUCUCAACAUUUUAUAUACUUGGCCUUUCUGUGUCUAUAUUAUAAGCUUGCAACCUCAAGAUCAAUUACAGAAAAAGAAGCUUGAACAGUAAGCAAUAUCCGAUGCAUUAAAAAUGAGCGAACCCCGCUCUCCAUAUCUCUCGUUGGUGUUUAAAUUUUAUAACAUUAAGUAAUUUAUUUUUAUAUUUAUUGAGCUAAGAUCAUAAUUUGUAAUCGAUCGAUUGAGUGAUUUUUGGUAUGAUUAGAGGACUGAUAAUGUAUAUUUUUAUCACGAACAAAUUAAUUAAAAAUCAUAUUUUUUAUUUGUAUACGUAAUUUGAGGAUAAGUAUUAUAACGUUAGUAUAUUUCAGCAUGUACAAUAAACCCUCUUUAAACUGGACUGAUUUGUUUUCCAGAAUUUCCAGGUUGUUCGUAAACAUUUUAGUCCUGGACUAAGAUAAUCGAAGAAAAACAGUUUCGGAACCAUUUCUGACACUUCUCUAUGCAGGUUGAUUGAUAUAAAAGUGCCAGCUAUCUAUUCGAAUUAUAAAAAAUAGGGUCUUCCAUAAGAAAAAUUAAAGUUUGUGGCCAUAUUGGAAAAAUUGUGGCUAAAAUUAUGUUUUCAACUUGACCAAAAUUUUUUAAAUAAAAAUCUAAGGCAGUCACUGUUAAACAACAAUUUAACAGCUGGCACACUUCAAUCACCCUGUAUAAUGAAACUAUGAAGUGAAAAAGCUUGAAUCAAGUAUUCCCUUCCCGCAACAUUGCACUCAAACGGGCAAUAACAGCUGUCGGACUAAAAAUCAUGUCGAGCAACCAAACGCUUAGUUUACAGUGGCGAAUUCUUGGAUAUAUGAAAUCUUUAUAAACCACUGUCGGUCUAGGUUGAGCCGUUUCAGAUAACCGGAUUAACAAGGUUUUAUUUUCAAAAUGAUUUUUAACGAGUUUUACGCAUAUUUUUAUGACCUCUUCAACUUUUUGUUGACUAUGAGUUGAUCAUAUCAAAUUUAAGCUUCAGUUGCUAUAUUUUUUAGAAUUAAAAGUGUUAUCUGUGAAACAUUAAAAAUAUAUAUUGUUGAUGAAAUUUUACAAACAAAAACUUAUGUCAAGACAUUUUUUUUAAGUGUUUAUGGUAAAGUUUUAUAAUGUUUUAAAUAGAUAGUGACGUAGAAUUACAAGGUCUGCAUAUGUAGUAUAAUUAAGAUGUCACCUUUUUAACACACGACAAAAAUUACUGGUGGAAUGAUCUGUAUUAAAAUGGAUCAAAUAUUAACCUUUUUGACCACUUAUCAAAAUGAGCAUGAUAGUAUAAUAGAUAAAUUUGCAGUAAUUGUGGUUAAAUAAAUUCCAUAAAUCCUAUUUUGUUUUGAGACUAAGACAUGCACAUAUUUACAAGAAUGACAAUAGCUAAUCAUGUAUGUAGUUGACAAAAUGAUAGUCCAUUGUAGAUUAUAAUUUAUUGGAUUUUAUUAAGUGGAACCCAUAAAUUUGUUUAAGGAAAACCACUUUGUAUGCUGUAACAGUAUCUGGUUUUAGUACGAAAUCAUUUGCAUUGAACCCGGAAAGUGUUAGUCCUUUCUGAUACUUUUUUUUGGUCAAGUGAAAACCAAAUCUAAGAGCGUUCUUGACUCGAACCAGGUUGGAUAUUUUUUGAGUAAUUUAAAGUGUUUAGAUCUGUUGCUAGGCUAGUGUAGACUGUAUGAGUGUUGUUCUUGUUGUUAUAUAUGUAUUAUACUGGUUAGAGCGCACU